AUGACUUCCGCCGCAAGUAAUGAUGAUUUAGAUAUAUUGACAAGAACGGUUUGGGGUGCAGCACGGAGAGAAUCGGAUGAAGGCAAGGCUGCUGUGGCUCAUGUAAUUAUGAACCGUUUCUAUGCUGUCGGAUAUGGUAAUAGUAUUGCACGUAUUUGUUUGAAAGAUAAACAAUUUUCUUAUUGGAAUUCGGAUGAUGUGAAUUAUCAAAAAAUAAAGAAGUUGAAGAAUACUGAUAAAGAUUAUCGACAUAUCUAUGGCAUUGUCGAAGAUGCGGUUAAUAAAAGACGUCCUGAUAAAACCUAUAAAUCAAAACACUCUCAUGUUGAAAGCGUUCCCCAUUAUUGGCCAACACAUAAAAAACCAGCAGCUAAAAUUAGCAACCAUGUCUUUUACAACGACAUUGAUUAA